AUGCCGACCACGCCGAGACCUCAACUUCCGACCUGUCUUAAGCGUAUAACACUCCGAUGCCUGCUGUUCCACAGAUGUCUGGACUUUUUACCGUCGAAUCAAUGCAUCAGAGAGCACGGUGUACAUGAAACUACUUUAGACCAGACAAUGAUCUUCUCUCGGUAUUUGCCGCUCGCCAUUUUCGCCAGUGUAGGCGUCUUGAGCGCCUCUCCAACACGCCUCCGAUUGACAGCGCUCAUAUCAGACAAGAACCAAGACGCCGCAUUCGAGUGCUGGGAGAUAGACACCCCGUUCGCAGACUACCCAACGGUAGGCACCGCCGUCACGGGCCUUGCGGAUGUUUCCAAUAUCUCAUACGUGGUGCUCCCUCCCAGAUCCGCCGAGGGCCUCCAUAAACCACCCCAUCCAAUGUUCUUUGUCCUCGUUUCGGGAGCAGCGCACAUCACCUUGCCGGGUGGCGACGAUGAGUUGUGGAUCGGAAACGGAGAGGAUGGCGUCAUCAUCGCUAUGGAUACUCAAGGGGUCGGUCAUUACACCGAUUACCCAUCGGACCAGCCGUCGGUGGCUCUCCAGAUUCCGUUCAAGGAGGGUGUGCCACCGAAACAUCGUGUCGCCAAUCAGGGGCCAUGUAUUUUGGCAAAAUUAAUCCUUGAAAAUGAAGUAUUAGACGAACAGCGUCAGGCUGAGCUCAGAUGA